UUAUUGACUUAAACUCUUUAAUAUGUCAAAAUUUAUUUGUCGGUGAGUUUAGGCCCAAUAAUUUGCUAGACUCUAAUAUGAAAUACUUUACAAAGGAGUGAUUAUAAAAAGUAGAUAUUUAUAUUAUGCUUCAGUUUAAAAUAUGUGACGGACUCUUUGAGUUGGAGAAUAAAAAUCUGGAUUGCAUUCUUCAAAAGAAAAAUGUUGAGGAUGUAUAUGAGAUUAAUUCGAAAGCACAACUUGGCCGAGGUAAAUAUGCAACAGUCCGCCGAGUAGUUCACAAGCAAAACGGUACUCAGUACGCUGCGAAAGUUAUUAAAAAAAGGCGUCGAAAUAAAGAUCAAAUAAAGGAAAUUGUACAUGAAAUAAUCGUGUUGUUACAAUGCGCAUCAACGAAUAGAAUAAUUGGACUCCACGAGGUUUAUGAGUCAGUGACAGAAAUAAUUUUAAUCCUAGAACUGGCUGCUGGUGGAGAUCUUCAGCAUUUAUUGGAUAGUGGUCAGUGUCUGGCUGAGGCAGAAGCUCGUAAGGCCAUGAUACAAAUCCUGGAAGGAGUCUUGUAUUUGCAUACAAGAAAUAUUGCUCAUCUAGAUUUAAAACCUCAGAAUGUACUGCUCUCUGAGCAAGAGAGCUAUGAGGAGCUAAAACUGUGUGACUUUGGUACUUCAAGAGUAAUACAACCUAAAGUGGCAUUGCGAGAAAUAGUAGGUACCGUUGAUUAUGUCUCACCUGAAGUGCUUAGUUAUGAACCAAUAAGUCUGGCAACUGAUAUUUGGUCGAUCGGUGUGUUGGCUUAUGUAAUACUGUCUGGUUUAAGCCCUUUCGGAGCAGAUGAUAAACAGCAAACAUUUCUAAAUAUAUCAAAAUGUGCACUCACCUUCGACUCUGACUCAUUUUACAAUGUUUCCAGUGCAGCUAUAGAUUUUAUUAGGAGUACUCUUACUAUAGACCCUAUAAAAAGACCGCAAUUACAUGAGCUUCUAGACCACCCGUGGAUUUCAUUGAAAGUAUCUCCUUUAACCGUACUUCCUCUACAAGCAAUAAGCUUAAAAGCAACCAAAGCACAUCAACGAAAGAGCUUUUGUUGCCUUUACGAGUCCGAGGGCUUUCAAGAGAAAUCAAAGAACAACACUUUAAGUAUAUCAAACUACCGUUGUCCCCUAUGUAGUGAUCUUUCACAGUCCACCGUUUUUCAGUCUAACGUUGACAAAAGGAUUUUGUGUUAAAACGUGUAUUUACUGAUUUCCCAAAUGUUUAUGGUUUUCUUGUAUUAAAAAAAAUUAUAUUAAAA